AUGGAACACAGUUUUGAUUUGACAGCUGAUCGACAACACGUUCAUGAUGCUGUCAAAAGUGAGUUAUUGUCAUUUGAUGAAGAUGUUAAAUUGAAUACUAAUAUAUUGCCAUAUUUUGAAUCAUUAGAACUUGAUAAUGAAAUUGAAUCCAAAAUUGAUCAAUUAUUAUCUAGAAUAGACUCGGACAUUUCAACACCUAUACUGUCUUCAGCUUCAGUUACUUCAACUCCAUUAGGUUCACCUGGUGCAAAACCAUUUACACUGAGUUCAAGUAUAACAAAUAAUUCAAAUCCUUAUGCAAAUAUCAAAUUUUCAGAUCCUGAUCCUAUUCAACCAUUAUCAGAUAUAGAUAAUAAUGAUCCAUUGGCUUCUUCAUUACAUAGUCUUGGUGGAUUAGGUGGUCCUAGUGGGAAAAUUAAUUCAAUAAAAUCUCCAAGUUCAGUACCUACAACAGGUUCAACAUUACAUACAAUAUCAUCAAGAAGAUCAAAUAUAAAUUCUAAUUCAUCAAAUACAAAUACAAAUCAAAAUAAUAAUAUAAAAUUUGGUCAAAUUGCUGUUAAAUUUUAUGAACGUAAAAAAUUGAAAAAACCAACAUGGUUUGGUAAAACUGAAGAAGAAAUUAAUUGGGAAACUUGGAUUUUAAAUAUAAGAGUUAUUUCAAAAUCAAUAAAUACUGAUCAUUCACAAUUAAUUGAAAAUUUAAAAUUACAAUUUGAACAAACUUUAUGGGAAAUUAGUGAACAAUGUGAUGAAUAUAAAGAUCAUAUUCCAGUUAUAACUUCAACUGAAUUAUUCCCAUUUCCUUAUACAAUAUCAACUUCACAUGGUAAUAAUGAUAGUUGGAAGGCAUUCAUUAAAAAAAUGCUUAAAGACCCUAUUUAUUGA